UGUUUGGGCGAUUCGAAGUUGUCGUCUGUCUUUUUCGUGACAGAAUGGUGUGACAAUUGUGGAAAUUUUGUUCUGUUUGAUUAAUUAGUGCAAAGUAUAUUAUGUGGUCUAAUUCGACAACCCAGUUAAAUAAUGUGUAGCGACGAUGGGUCGUUUUCGGACAAGUGUUUUUGGUGUUUGUUAUUGUGUUUUGGUUAUGUUCACUUUUGGGAUUAUUUGUUCUGUUGCUGAUCAAGGUGGCUGCGGAGGCAUGAGGGGUUGCCUGAAGUGCGACACCCGCAACUCCAGCGACGUCAAGUGCCUCAAGUGCCGCCAGAUGAUCAUCCUGGGGACGAGGGAGUGCGUAGAGUCUUGUCCCCCGGGCUACUCGCAGGAGUGGAGCACGCUGGUCGACUACAUGGGCCGAGUCUGUAGAGAAAGCCUGUUUUUGGGUGGAGUAGCAUUGUCAGGUCAAUCACUAGCAGUGGUAGUAGGCUGUGUGGCGGGGGCAGUGAUCUGUCUGGGCCUAGUAGCAGCGGCGGGGCUGUGUGUCAAGUAUAGGAGAUACAGAGCACUGCGAGACAAGGCACGGCAGAGCCCCAGCCUGGGACAUCUGACAGGAACACAACGUAGCCAAGACAGUGAUGACAGUGAGCGGCCAGAGUUCCUGAAGCAUCUGUCGUCACUGCGGAGUGAAGCUCCAGUGUUCCUAGCGAUGCUCAAUGAGACAAGGAGACAAGUGCGAGAACUGCGGAGGCCGAACCGCAAUGACUCCACUAUCCAGGCGUAUAAGCCUGUCCUCAAGGACCUGUCCAGGAUCCUGAUCCUUCUGAACCGUCGGGAGGAGAGACUCGGUCCUCCGCCCCCGGACUGGGAGACUCUGUUGGCGUGGGGGGAGAGGGUCCUGAGGAGGUACAAGAAACACAACCCUAACCAGGUGGCACAGCUGGUUAACUUUCUCAAAGUGCCUGUGCAGACGCACCCCUCACCCCCCUCCCCCUACCCCUCUACGCUUACAACGUUUACUCCUUCUCACAAGUCUCGUCCCCUCCCUCCCACAACGGACUCUAGCUCCGCCCCCUCCACUCAACCUUCCCCCUCCAUGCAGCAGCUUGCCAUCAACGCCUUUGAUGACAAGUAUAGCGACACCAGAGAAGACAGGUCUCCUGCUGCCGCAUUCCACCACAACUCCCUGAUAGACUCAGGAGUUGACUUCAACCCCUCGUGGGAGUUCCCUCCCAGCAACUACACAAUCCUGGCCGAGUGGACGGCCUCAGAGGAGCCCACCAGCAUCACUAGCUACGACGACGACUUCUUCCAACUCGGCUUCCGGCCACAGGACGAGAUCACAACUGAGUUAUGAUUCCAAGCUGCUCUUGCUCUAGUCUCAAUAUGGGUUUGUCCUUGAAGGAUGUUUUCCAGUUAAGGUAUUUUUAACAUAUAUGGUUCAGUUGAGUAUUGGAGGAAACAAAUUUUAGCGGAAAAAUGUGGUUUCUUCACGCGUGUGUGUCACUCGGUCAUGCUACUAGAAUCGUAUACAUGCAUAUCCUUAUGUCAUAGGUAAUAGGGCUUGAUUCUACUGGACCUCAAUGUGUCCAUUGUUAGACAUUUUUUAAUCUGAAAUUUGUUUACAGCAAAUAUUUGUUCAAUGGUUUUC